AUGUGCUUGACCAACGUGACAUACUCAUGCCACCACAAGGAGAAGCACAUCCUGAAGUGUCGCAAGCUCUGGUCCGCAAGGACAGCCUGGUGUUGCUACCCCGCCUUCCUGCUAGUCUUCGGCUGGCCGACAGAAGAGCCUUGCAACGGCUUCCUGGCGGAGAAAGCAAUCAUCUCUCCCAAGCCAUGCCCAGAGUGUACCGAAGCAGAGCAGUUUGGCCCCCAGACUAAGGGCAUUAUACCGAGCAAGUACCGCCACAAGCUCACGCCCGAGGCGCUCAACUCCUCAAGGAAGCGCAUGAUGGAGCAGGAGGAGAAGGAGAAGGAUGAGGUUGUCAAGGACCGGUGGUACUCGCGAGUUGAGAACUUUCAGGAGACGCUGAGGAAGCGGGAGCAAGAGGAGCGGCUGGAACGAGAGGCCGCUCCCUAUGCCAACGCCAACACCAACAAACACCUACCCGAUAUGCCUUUGUUCGUGCAUGUCCCGCUCAGCAACCGCUGGGGCAAUCCGAGCUAUCACUACCCGCGGCACGUCGCGGAAGCAUAUGAUGCCCCUUCCCCUACCCAUUCCCCGUCGAAGGAGUAUAUUCCCUCGAACCAGUAUGAGCAACAGCAACAGCAACGGCCACAGCGGACCCCGUAUCCACAAAAGCAGCCGGUCGAAAACAUAGACGCCGUCUCAAGAGACCAGGAUCAAACGACUACCAACUCAGAGCCAAACCACUCGGGUCAUCAGCGGCACGGAAGAGAACAUGGUGCCACCCCGGUCGACAACAACAGGUAUGCAAAGCAUACUUCGAGCCCAGCGGACAAUGUGGAUCGACACCUGUACGCAUCAUCCCAACAUGCGGGCCUGAAUCCCAACGGCCACCGCAGUUUCGAAGGAGAGCGGGCGUCUAGAGAUCAAGGACCACGCAGCACCGAGACCCAACACCAGCAGACGCAGAAUUCGCUCUACCGCCAGACCAGGCACACCGAGCCCAAAAGUCUCAACAACCCCAACCCCAAUGCGGCGCCGGCGCCGCUCAUCGCGGAGCGACGGGGGCACAAGAAGCCGCAAGCCUUGACCGGAGAGCGUUCGAGGCCCAGAGGGCCCCGCCGCCGAGGCACCGAGCCUACGCCUCCGGCGAAGACACCAAAGUCGGGCUCACUGAAGGGAUUCUUCUUCCAGGGGCUCUGGAGCAGCUCGCACUGUAGCGAAGAUACUCGUCGGGGCAGAGACGACAGCCACAAUGUUCCUUCGGACGUCCACUCGGACAACAGCUCCUUCGUGUGUCGCGGGUCCCGCGACGUGGAGAAAGGAGGAAAAUAA